CGGGGAGAGAGGGAGAGCUUGCGAAGUCGAGCGCGGGAAACCUGCCGACGCCAUCGCCGAACCCGCGUCUCUCCGUCCGCCCGCCUUUUCCCCGACGCCUCGCUCACCCGCGGUGUGUGCUUUUGCGUUUCUCUCGCUCGUUCUCCUCCUCCUUUCCUUCUGUCCUCCGUCCCACCCCUCUCUCUGUCCCUCUCUUUGCGCUCUUUCUCUUUAGACGCACGAGAAGGCUCCUUACCGAAAACGCACGCCCUUUUUCCCUCUCUCUCUCAUCUCUCUCUCCUCCCUCUCUCCCCAUACACUCUCUCUCUCGCUCUCUCUCAUUCCCUCCCACUCUCUCUCUCUCUCUUUGCGUUUUGGCUCUUCGGGGCUAUUCCUGUUUUCGGAUUAUGCGUUGGGUGUGACGCGCGCGCGUGUGUGUGCGUGAGUGAGGAAGAUGUCGGUGCAGAAUUACGAGAAAAUCGAGAAAAUCGGCGAAGGAACUUAUGGCGUUGUUUACAAGGCACAGGACCGGGCGAGCAAGAGGAUUGUGGCGCUCAAGAAAAUUCGCCUCGAAAAUGAAGCAGACGGAGUACCCAGUACAGCUCUAAGAGAGAUAGCCUUACUCAAGGAACUCGACCAUGAUAAUAUUGUACGACUGCUGGAUGUGGUGUAUGGGGACCACAAGCUGUACAUGGUGUUUGAGUAUCUGAAUCAGGAUCUGAAGAAGCUCUUUGAUGAAAGCCGUGGUGGAUUGCCAUUGGACCUUGUGAGGAGUUAUAUGCAGCAGCUUUUACGAGGCAUUGCAUUCUGUCAUGCUAAUCGUAUUCUCCAUCGAGAUCUGAAGCCACAGAACCUGCUUAUAGAUGCAAGAGGGUCAAUCAAACUGGCAGAUUUUGGAUUAGCAAGAGCUUUUUGUCUGCCUUUGAGAGUGUACACACAUGAAGUUGUAACCUUGUGGUACCGUGCUCCAGAGAUUCUCCUUGGUGCCAAAAACUAUUGUACUGCAGUUGAUAUGUGGAGUCUGGGUGCCAUUUUUGCCGAGAUGUUGACAAGGAAAGCACUUUUCCCUGGCGAUUCAGAAAUAGACCAGCUGUUCCGUAUCUUCCGUACGCUGGGAACUCCCGGAGAGGAAGAUUGGCCAGGGGUGACCCAGCUCCCCGAUUAUAAGAGUUCAUUUCCAAGGUGGGAGGUUGAUGCCGAAAGUUCCAUAGCCCAGCUGGUUCCAUUGUUAAAUGAAGAGGGACGCUGCUUACUCUUGGCUAUGCUGAAGUAUGACCCACGGCAGCGAAUAACUGCAAAGUCGGCCCUCUAUCACCCAUUCUUCGAGCCUCUUGCAUCUGCUGGCCAAGUGCUUGUCCCGCCAAAUCUUAGGUGAUCAGAAACUAGGCAUUCAAGAUUUUUUUUCUAUAAGGAGUAAUUAUGCAAAAAAAAAAAAUGUUGCUUAUAA